GAAUUUUUGUUGUUUUGGGAAGUUGUGUGAGUCAAUAUCGGAAAUUAAGUCAAGUUUUUUUCAGUGUUAACCUUUUAUAAACCAUUGACUUCGGGUGGGGAGCUAUUGGCACUUAUGCAGGAAUAGAUUCUGCCAAAAAUGACGAUGUAGGAGUGGGUCUAGCGUGGAUAGGAGCUCCUGUUUCGCCUUACACUUUGUUGUCAUGGACGUGCUGUGUGGUUCAACUCCGAAUGGAGUGGGAUUUUGUAGUUCACUCUCCAGGUCGAGAUGACGAACAGGGCCUAUCCUCUUGAAAUGUAAGUGUUUAUAUGUCUGUGUGCUUUUCAUCGAAGCUUAGUUUUUCGAUCGAAAUAUUCCGAAUUUCGUCGCGAUUGUGUACCCUGCAGGGUAAUAGAAUCCAGAUCCGUACCGUGAAAAAAUCAAAUUAAGCUUAUUGAUACUACUUAGAUCAGACGUAAACCGAGUUAAUAUUGUAUAGGUUUAAGGUUUAUCUGCCGUUAUACUGAAGCAAGUAACUCUCUGUAGGUAUUGUUGUAGAAAUAAUAAUUCAGGAAUUUAUUAAGGAAGUCAAUACAGUCUAGCAUAAUCUGCAGCUAGCAGAUGAUGAAAUCGAUCUUUCCAAAACUUAGAGCAAAAUCGAAUAUUUCAUUUGAAUUGCUACAACUUGAUAUAGCUUGUCAAAACAGAAUAAUUCAGAUUCAAAUUUAGAAUUUAGGAACUGCAAAGUUCAGUUGAUUUGUUCCAAGAUGGAACCGAAAAUUACAUUUCCACCCGUAGACUCAUUUCAAAGUGUUGACUUUUUUUUUUACUUUUAGUACACUCACACCAAUUUUUACGCUGAUGCAUUUAAUAAAUCUUAUAACACAACUCUAAAUUAAGGGCACUUUCUUAAGCUUAUAAGGUUAAAUAAGCCCUUAUAGAUACAUCUGAUUAUUAUUAAUAUUAUUGCUAUGUACAUUUUUGGCAUUAUACCUGUAUAAUAUGUAACAUAUGGAAGUUAUUAAUCAUGUUAGUUGAAAACAACAAUGUCCUCAACUGCCUUGAACAUCAAGAUGGCAAAGGAGGAGUACCUAUUAUGAAUCACACUGACCUUUUUUUAGGCCAUGAGGCGUCACAGGGGAAAAUAUUAGCCAUUAUGAACGUCUGUGUGGGAGACUAUAAGUAUUAGUUAACCUGGCAAAAUCUCAACCUUUGAAUGAAUCAACUGUAAUAAAUGUUUUCAGGGUCCUUUCUGGGUAGGAUCGUGCAGUAACGGUUAAUUGAAUGACCUUAAUUGUACAAAAGGGUUCUCUGAAAUCUGGUGUUGUUGAAAUAAUAUAAUAUUGACCAGUAUUCACUGAUCCGAGAAUAGAGGUCAUAAUAUGAUUUUGACAAGAGGCCAGAUGAGCUUAAAAAAUGAGAAAAUGACUGCUUCUAGUUUCAAAUAAUAGUCACUAAUCAUGGAAUCCAGAAGGAAGAUCAUGCAUGAUGCAUUAUGAAAAUAGUAAAUCAUGCCUCACCUGCUUAGUUUGGACCAAUUCAUGCAUCACGGAAAACCCCUUUGCUCCCAAAAUAUUAAUGCCCAAAUGCUUGUAUGCCAUUUGCAUUUCUUUAUUAUUUUUGAACGAUAUUUUGCAAUUCACUCGUGAAAGUAAGGUUGUAUUAGGUCAGUGAUAGGAAACAUGAAAUGAUUACAAAACAAAUCAAAUAGAAAUUAUGAUCCCUGUUUUAACUUGAUAGAACUGUAUAUGUGACAUUUUGUUAACUCUCUUGCUUUGAAGAGAGUAAAUUGCUUAUUUACCAGCACUACAUGUAGCAGCUCUUGUGAUGCACCUAUCUUUUUACAAGUAGAAAACACAGUCUGCAUGUUUACAACUUACUAGAAUUUUUAUUUCUCAUAAGGCCAGGGUUUGAGCCAGAGUGCGAACUUGCAACAUUCUUCCCCUUGCAGGAUGAUUUGUCCCUUAAUAAAGUCAAAACUAAAUGGAAGAAGUUUAUGCAAAUUCGUACCGAUCAGAUAACCAGGAUGGAGUAAUGGUUGAAUGAUCACAAAAUUGCAUAAAAACUGCCCUCGGUAACAGUCUAAGUACUUUUCGUCUAAAUGUGCUGAUGACAAUUGACAUUGAACCGGCCCUCCCUUAAGAAAGUUUGACUUUAAUGUGGCUAAUACAAGGAAUAUUUAUGCUUUACAGUCAAACCAGGUCAAGCGUACCCCCCAAGAAUACAUUAAUGAAUUUAUUAUUCAAAAGUUGAAUCCGUUGCUAGAUGUAGAUUUCAGAUUGAUCUCUGCUUUCUUGCAUGUGUAAUGAGCCGUGAAUUCACACGCGAGGCAGUUAUGAAAUUUCUACCAGCUCCAUUUUCCUGAAAUUGAUGUAAAUGUCUUCUAAGAAGCUUAAUCCAUUCAAAGAUUUCCAAUCUGACCAAAUACAGAGAAGUUCUCGUAAAAUAUUCACUGCUCAUUACGCAUGCAGAAAUGCCGCUUUGAAUUUGACACCAGGUACGGGAACGACUAACGGAUUCAUUUUUCAAAUAAUCAAUUCAUUAAUAGAAUCUUGAGGGGUACGCUUGACUUGGUUUGACUGUAAAAACUCUUUAUGCUACAAACAGUUCACUUAGCAGUGUAAAGGAAAAGAUGGAAUCAAAUUGUUUUAUCCUAACUAUCUUAUUUAGUGUCUGCUAUAAAUUUGAGAACAUGUUAAAAGUUUACAUUUACUUAAAUGGUGCAUUAGACAGCAAGUUUGGUCACUGUUGGAGAAUGAAAGUAGUAGACUCAGGGUAAAUUUACAAACUGUAAAACUGAAAUUAAAUUAACAAUUACCAUUCCUGCUAUAUACAUUUUUGUAUGCUUAAAUAAAGCAGCCAUAGCAUUGGAGUAAAAUUGUUUUCUUUUUUUCUUGGGCAACAGAAAAAUGCUUUAUUGGAUAGGAGAAAGGCAAUGUAAUAGAAUAUGUUCUGUCCCCUGCUGUUGCCUAUUUGUCCCUUUGCAGGGCCACAGAGAGACAAAUUGUCUCCUGAGGCAGUGAACAUGGCUCAAACCCUGAUAAGGCACAAGUAGUUUAUGACCAAUAGGACGAACAACUGCAGUCUUUCAGAAGCAUUUCUUAAACAGCUUACCAAAUAGAAAGAUGGAAAUGACCACUAAAACAUGCCAAUGAUGGCUCCUUUUAUUUUUCUUCUUCCUAUACUAGCACAUAUACAUGAGGUAAAUCCCAUUAUUAUCUGUUCAAAAUAUUUCACUGUUUCUAUAUAGGAGGCUGUUAUGCACCUCGCCCUUCAUUGCCCUCAGUGGAUAACACUCUCCUUGAUCUGCAUAAAUACUGGGAAAGGUGAAUGAGUGAAAGAAGCUUCAAAGUUCAAUGACUCUCUCGAGUAAUAGAUAAGAAAGUGAUGAUUUUUUGUUCCUCAUUUCUUCUUUAUUUCAAUUUUUACCAGUCGCGGAUUUGCUCACAGUAGUGUAGAUGCACUCCGCCCUCUCCCUGAGAGACCAGAGGAAUCACUGCCCCUGUCCUACAUUGAGACAGUUCAGAGUGCUAUCAGUAACUUCACACCUGACACCAGCGGCCAAUCAUCCCCUACCACUGACAAUACCCCUAGUAUAGUCAAUGGACUGUCAGAAUCGAAUACGUGGUCAACUCAUACUGGAAUCCUCACUGGCCGGAGUACUUGUAGCGUGAAUUCCUGGGGUAAUGAAGAUGUGAGUGAAGGCUUAAGUUUUGUAUUAGGCUCUCUUCUUGGUUUUGUAAUCAAUAUAAUUAUUUAUUAUAUAGACAUAAGUGUUUUACUGGAAAAAUACCGCUCGUAAAAUUCAUAAAAACUACAUCUGGGACCUGAGUGGUUUACUUUCCAUAAUCUCACGCAUGAGUUUAUUGAUGACGUGGUUUCGGUAAUUUCCCUCUAUUAUUUUAUCAAUGUCUUUUUGUCUAUAUAAUAAAAACAACUUUACACGGCGGCUUGAAGAUAUGAUGUUUAUUUUCUCAUGGCAAAAACAAUAUUUUACUCACUCGCUGCUCUCAUUCAUAAAAUAUUGUUUUGCCACUCACACCACCAUGUAAAAUCCUCUAUAUACUCUUUGGAUUGAAUGGUGCAUGUUGCGGUUACAGGUCAAAAUAAUAUUAUAUUCAGGUGAAAUUUUUUUAACCAAGAUUUAUUCUCAAUUUCCUUUGUUUCUUAGUCUUAAUUCAUGAAUAAUGAGGGCUAGGAGACAAAGGAAAUAGAGAAUAAACUUAGGUUAAGAAAUUAUAACCUGAAUUUAAUUUUGACCUAUAACCUGUACAGUGUACAUGCAUGAUCAAUAUCAAGGCAGUGCUCUAGCAGUAUCUGGUGGCACCAGGUGCCAUACUUUUGGCCUUGGCAACGAGGAAGUCGUAGUUCUUUUCAUAGAAAUCAUAUGCUGGGCAUCCUGGAUUUCACAGGCUCAGAGCACUAGGCUCUCUUUAAUAUAGUAUUGCCCCUGUUUAUGUUUGUAUUAUUUGUAUUUUAUUUAUUUUCUCCAUUUAGGUUAUUUUACAAGCCAUUUAUAUUAUAUUACACUAGAGAUUUGAAUAUAUUAUUCAUAAGAUUUAAAUAUCGGAUUACAAGAAUAAAUGGAGAAGGGAAAGAUAUAGUGAAACUAAUUACAUGCCCCUUGAUUACAUUACAGUUUAAUUUAUUUAGGAUAAAAGAGAUAAAAAGAGAAGUAUAUUAAGUAUGAAAUAUAAAUUGUAAGAGAGAGGAAAAAGGAAAGUACACAAAAAUGUAGAACACUCGAGAGUCGGUGUGAUGAUGCUUAAUACUAAGCAAGGUACUACUACUAUAAUAGUAGUUUGUUUGUAUAGUGUUCUUUUAAACAAUAUUUGAGUUGUCUUUUCCCGUAUGUUUGUAUUUUGAUGAGUUCAUGUGAAUUAUGUCUAUAGGAAUUUGACCGUCAAGCUUCAGCAACAGUUAAACGCAUGUUUGAUGAGAUUGACGGAAUGCUUUUUGAAGGGAUUCCUUUCAAUGGUAAGUCGUGGUACUUUUAAAGUGAAGUCCUUGACAAAACCCAGUUUAAACUCUUUGCUUACAAAACUCAUCCCUUUACAGUGCUCAAAGCUUGUUGUUUUCAAACUCACCUUUUGGUGACCUAGAAGUUUGAAAUGGUCACCAGAUGUAAAAUAUUGGUUUGUACAAUGCAAUGUGAAGGGUUUGAAAAAUCAAAAUGGUACCUGACUUUUGCAAGUUUAAUUCUGUAGUGGAUGUUACAUCUUAAGGCUUUACCCGGACAACCAUUAGGGUAAAAGAGAAGAAACAUAAAGAAAAUAGAGCGUAAAUAAUAUUUCAGAUAGUGGGGAUGGCUUAAGGAAAGUGAGAAGGAAAAAAUAUCAAAGGUAUGAGGGUAGAUGUAGGGAGAGAGGGCAAAAGAAUGGCCGGGCUCCCCAACUCCUCGCCCUCUCUCCUCCUCUCUUCCACUUUUUUUCUCCACUGUUGAUUUUGUGCCUCUCUCCUCUACAGUGUAACCUCAAUAUGACGAAGGGCCAAGGGACUGGCAAAAUUUGUUAAGCUAUAAUGAGGUUUCAUUCUAUUGAGGUUAUUUUUCAUAAUUUAUAGUUUACUAUUACUGGGUAAAGAAAAUUGUUUGUUGUACCGAGGACUUUGUUAUAUAGGGGUUGGUUAUAUUGAGGUUCGACUGUACAUGUAUAUGAAUGCCUGAAAAUUGCCAGUUUACAAGUUCAUGUAUUAACAGAACAUGACUGUAACUUUUAGCCUAAUACACAGAUUUUGUUUCUCUUAAUUUGCUCAUUAGGAAGCACUCAACUGUUGUCUGAAUGUGAAGAGUGGUUUACACAAUUUCCACAUUUACGGUAAGUGCAAUUUAUAAGUUUUCAAAAUUUUUGCUGGUUGCCAUAGAGAGAAAAAAGGAGACAGCUUCAACCACUGGUUAAGGGUAUGCAAAUUGCAAGCAGCAUUUAGCAUGUUUCCAGAUUUCACUUCAUUGCAGGCACUCCUUCACAAUUAACAUUACUGCUUGAUAGUCAUUGUAAAGCUGCUUUGCAAUGUGAUUUUUAUUUAAUUUUACAGUAAUCCAUAGCAAUAUGUAGCUUGGCAUAUAAGUUGUUUGUGAGUAUAAGAGUGACUUGUUAAUUGCCUUCUUAGGAAGUCAUUCACCUUCUUAGUUUGUCAUUUGCCUUUAUAACAUAGCUAGAAUAUUCACCUACACUUUAAUCAAAUUCAAUUGUGCGAGCGUGCUUUAUGUUCCCGUUGAGCAUGCGGUGAGCUUAGUAAUCCUCCCAAGUGCAUCCAUAACUAAAAAGUACACAGUGGUGCAUUUGCCUUUUGUUUUAUAAUGUAAUCUUAGAGAGGCACUUUUGAAUUUGUUAACAGAAGGUAGGUGAGUGAGUAGAGUGUUGUUUUUGUCAUCUGCACGAGCUUUUGCCUAAAUCACUCUUUGCAAAAUUUUUUCAUUCAAAAAUGACUCAUCAACCAUGCAAUUGUUAAUUUGAGUUGUUCCUUUAUUAUGAUUAUGGUUUCUUUGCUCUUCCUUCAGGAUCUGUGGCCAUCAACUUCUUAACACCAAAGAUGAUGGGACAAAGCUGAUACCAGUUGCAGCAGAAGACUCAGGAAUGUACAAUCAGCGACCACAGACAUCUGUGUUGGAAGAUGUGGAGGAAUUUGGAGCUUUUGAUUCACAAGGGUAUGUUCCUAAGUCAGCCGAGGAAAACACCACAUUAUUUAUAUAUUGAAUUCAUUGUCUUUCCAUUCAGACUCAAAAGUGAGAAUUUCAUUGUCUUUAGAAAUACAUGUAAUCUAUGCUACAGUUUAGUGAUUGCCAUGUCUAUAAAGACAGACAAUCAUCAAUUAAAUUGAAGUAAAGUAAUGUGACUGUUUGCAAAGUGAUGCCCAGUUCUACCGGUUUUUACCUUAUACUUUUGGUUUACUUUUUUAGCUUAUUCAUUGAGGGAUUUCAUCUUGAUCCCUUACCAGAACCUCUUGGAUCUUAUAUGAGUGGUAAGAACUAUUGUUUAUCAAACAAGAAGGAGUCUGUUUUAUUAAUGCCAUGUAUUUUUAUUGCCCUAGAUGACAAAAUGUUUUUCAAAAUAACCUCAAUUUACACUACAGCUAAAACGAAAAAACAAGACAAAUAAAAAAAUAAAAUAAAAAUAAAUAAAUAAAUAGAGCCUCCUUUUGUCUACUGAAUUGCAGUGCAGAAAAGGAGGCUGUGCCUGAAUCACUUCAAGCUUUUGAAGUCGCUGCAGCUUGAACUUGUUUCCUUUUGUCAAAGUGGUUUUUAGAGCACGAUACAUACAUUGUACAUGUCACGAGAAGCCUGAAACCCAAAAAUUGAUGGCGAAGCAUGUGUUGAACGCUUUAUAAUAAGAAAUGAGAAGGGAGACAAAAAGAAUCAUCAAAAUAUCUGUCUGUGCGUGUGUAUUAAACUGUCGCUAUUUGUAAUAACUUGCCAUGUAUAAUGUAAUAAAUAGCUUAACAUAGAAGAUUGUAAUUUUAAAUUACCGGUAUUUGGAAAACAGUCGAUGUACCAGUUGGUAUAAGACCCUAAAUAAAAUAUUGUCUUGUCUCUUUUCUCUUGUCUGGUACAUGAGAAAGCAAAAGGAAAGUGCCGUCGGUUAAACUGGUUUGAAAAAUUGUGGACUAUUUAGUAUGGAAAAUUUGGACCACAGCAGAAUAUUGUUGAUACAGUAACUUUACUGAGAGUAAAAAGGUCUGUAAUCUUAUUUCUUUUUUCUGCAAGGCUAAUAUUUUGCCUUUUUGUUAAAUUUUAUUCAAUGUAGAUGAUGAAUUGAAUGGCUUUUAUGCAGAAUUUGAAGAGGAAGUUCUGGCAGAGGAUGGUGAAGUAGAAGAGUAUUUUGGUUAUGAUCUACCUGCUGUGUGAGUUGACUUUAAGCUAUGGCUUAUUGAUUUUACAGUCAACAUCAUACAUCAAGCUGUGUUUUUCAGAGUGUUCUGCUAUCUGAUUUGAUGCACCGAUACCAUUGUUAUUAAUAACAGUUGCACCCGUGGGCAUACAAAUUACCCUCCUGUUGUGCCUCAGUGUUCCCUUCAAAGGAGAACAACAUCCAUAAGUUACUAUUUACAAUAUAAACUGUAUUACCAAUAUAAUUCUUUUGCAGAUUAUACUACUCAGGGAUGUAACACUUAAUUUUUAUCAAAGCUAGUCUGUAGAAUUUCAAACUUUAAGAGAUAGAGUUAGUUCUCCGUGAAAUAAUGGUGCAAUGUACUUUGUACUUUGCAGAGAGGAAGAGGGGUCAGAGUCAAAUGCAGGAAACAGAUAUCGUCGUCAGCUGAGGAGAGGUUACCCUCCUCUUACACCAAAUGCCUGUGCCAAGGAUGCUGUUGUCAGUCAGUUGUUUGAUCAGGCCUGGGGAGAGGUAAGCUGGCAAAAGUUAUUUCACCUCAAAGUUCGUUCUAGAAUCGAGCGGAGUUUUUUUAGUAUUAAUUUAUUUGUGCCUCUCACACAGAGUCAGCAGGGAAUGGUACAACUUAUAUGCUUGUUUAAUUUUUUUAAAGGGGCCGUUAUUCUAUUUUUCCUUUUUUUUGUCACGUUUUAAUGUUAUGCCUGCAAAAAUCAGCCAAAAAACUAUUAUAGCUAUUGUUCCCUAAUGAAAUUGUCUGAUAUCUUCUUCAUUCAGUGUAUGUAUCUCUACAGGAGCAUUUUGUGUAACUUAGAGUAAAUGCACUCAGUAUUAAAUGACUUCAGGGCAGAAUUGACCUCAAACAUUAAUAUCCUCAUGACGCUGUACAUGACUGUAGCCUCUUUACACCUAAAUGUGACCUUACUAAAAUGCCUGCAUUUUCUUCUUUCAGGUUGUUUUAUGGCUGAGAGAUUUGUUAAGCCUGUACUCUCAAAAAGUCCUGAGAGGUAUAAUCAUCAUGUGAAAAAGUAACAACAAUAAUUAACUUAGUCUGAAGAAUUUUGCCUUUUCUUUCAUGCUUUACAAUGUUGAGACCUUGCACCACACAAGGUAACUCAGCUUACAGCUGUGCAUGUAUUUCUUCAAUAGCCAUCCAUUAUUCACAUGUUUGAAUUGACUGUGAAAACCAUCAGAAGCAUCAGUCAUUAAUCCGUUUAGGAUACCUUCCAUUUAGGAUACCUUCCAUUGAAAUGAAUUCAUUUAUUAGCCCUUUUAGGUCUUUUUACGGAUGGAAAGACAGAUUUCCCUACCCUUUUAUAUGCUUCAACUGGUGAAAUUCCUACCUUCAUAUACCUGAAGCCUGAAAAAGAUAGCCCUUUCGGGCAAACCUCCACCUGUGUAGGCCAUUAUAGGGAGUACGCAUACACUGUUUUGAAAUAAAACUCAGUGCUUUAAGAUUUUGAUUGAAUGAUUUUUACCUUUUACGCUUUUCUUUCUUUUUUUGUGAAUGUAGGUUUCUGCAUUUUUUAUUCCUUUGUGUAUUGUUUCAAAAAACAUAUACCUAAAACUAAAAGUAGUGUACAUGGUAGCUGCUGUUUAAACUAUAAAAUAAAAGUAUUAUGCUCUUUUUCUGGAAUUUCAGAUAAACCCCAGUUCCUUGCUGAUGUUGUGGGAUCUUCUGACAGAGUUGAAAGCCCUCCAAGACCAUUUUCCCAAAGUAUUAUGUCUAGGAAUCCUUUUCCAUCCCAGGUAAAUUCUUUUUUUCUUUUGGUAUUUCCUAUAUUGUUAUUCUUACUAGAAUACAUGUUUUCAAUGUAUUCCACUUUACGUGGACCCAGUUGGCUAUUUUCAACCUCAGACUCAACAGCAACUAUUUGGGAAGGAAUAUUCGUGGUCAAAAUAAUGAGAGAGAGCCGUCACCUGAAACUCACGGAUACUGAACAGGUUCCAGAGGCAUUUGAAUGCCCUGCCUUCUUCUGAUUAACCAAUCAAAUGUGGGGAAUUUAAACUGUAAAUGCUUUGCCUUACAAAGAUUCUACUGGGUUUUUGAAGAGGGACUGUUUAAAGGUUUAAUAAUGCAAUGCCUGGCAACUUAAUGGUUGCACUAAUACAUGUAGGUACAGUACGAGUAGUUUGUUGGUUGUUAAUAAUAAUAAUAAUAGUAAUAAUAAUAAUAAUAAUAAUAAUAAUAAAAAUAAUAAUAAUAUAUAAUAAUAAUAAUAUAAACAUUGCAACAUUAUUGUUUUUUUUCCUCAGACAAGACUAAGAACUCUCUCAAGCUUUAACGCUCCACUGGAUCCAAGUACUUUAAUCAAUGCUAUAAAAAUCCAGUCCUUGCCUUUGAACCACAGAGCUCCUUCAGCCACUACCUCUCAGUAAGUGUGUGAUAGUUCCAUGGCUGUAUAUAACAAUUACUCACUGAAGUGGAGGUGGCUAAAAACUUUUUCACCGGUUUCAUCGAUAAAUUCUAGUCAAACAGACAAAUCGUUACCUGUUAAAACUCCCAAACCAAAUUUCGUCACCUUCUUCGUGUAUUUGAGCAAACCAGGAAGCCAUUUUGCUUGUAACGCAGGCGAGUUCGGCAUGGCUCUCUCGGAGGAGCUGUAGGUGCAUCGGUGAAUAGCACUGGAGAUCCCGAGUUUGAGUAGCCAAUCACAGCGAGCGAAAAACACUAUCCACUGUUUUAGUACAUACUACAGUAUAUCAUUCUAAAUAAACACUAGUGUAAAUCUGCAUGUACGCUGUAAAGUGUGUGUGUAAUUUCAGUACAUAAACUGUCGCCAUUGAUACAGUCAGUACUAACUAAAGAUUUGAUUUCAUCUUGUAGUGUUCUUGACAGCCGAGAAGGGACUCCCUUUAAUCAGGUUAGUCUAAAAAAAAAAGAAAGAAAACAAGAACAGUUGCCUGCAAGCUAUUCUAAUUAAGAUUCUUGUUUGCACCUAGACAAACCACCUAGACUUUAGCCCUGUCAAAAUGCUUCACAAUAGUAGUAGAGGAGCGUGCGGCAAAGCUCUAAACUUCUGUUGUUUUAAACCUAAAUCCUGACUAGGACGCAAAUAUUUCACUGAAAGCGGCACAAUUGCUGGCUGCCUGCUCAUUUUGACUGAGCUGUAUUGAUUUUUUUUUCAGGGUCGCCCUGGUUCCAGCAGCACAGUAGCUUCACGUUCAACAGCACGGAUUGGUGGCCACAGCUCAGACCCAUUUAUGCAUAGAAUACCACAGUUCAAGAGAAGGUAAUCAUCCACCCACCACCCCGCUAUUUUCUUGAAAUGGUGCUUUUUAAGACACAUUGAAAUUCCCUUGUUUUCACAACGGUGCGACAUACAAGGUGGCAAUGAUUUUUUCUCUCGCCUGAAGAGACGAAAAAAGGCGGCGUUUUUUGUUCAAACUGACCACUUUCCUUGUAUUUCUUACGAGAUCGGGUAAUUUGAAAUCACUUUAAUUUAAAAUCAAAGCCCUGACAUACAAAGGGCCUCUAGGUUUUUAGUAAAAUUCAUGGUUUCUGCUACAUGAUAAGAAUUUUUAAGGUUGCGCAAGUUUCAAUCAUUUCGCGCAACUAGGAAAAAGCUCUUACAAUUUAGGGGACGCAGGGUAAAAGCAAGCACCGUGACCCCGUCUUUUUAUUGCGGUUUUUCAAUGUCCUAUAACAAACAAUUGGCUGUCAAUUGUGCCAAGUUUAAAAAACAUCUGUAUAUCCUUUUCAGGGGAAAUUGCCUUAAUGUAGGGGUCUUGAAAUAAGGUUAUAAGCAACUAACGAAAACAAAGGCUUGACUGCUCUCAAAACUAUCAAAAAGCUGUCACACUGUACCGCGCAAAACUCUUGCAGUUUCAUUCAACCUAAGAACAUUUCUUUUAUGAACCUUUAGUUCCAUCAAGACAAAGUAUAUUUAGUUGAGAGAAAGAAAAAUGUCUUUGUAACUUGUGUAAUUGCUUAUUAUGAAUUUUUAGAAAUUUACCAAGUAUCCUACGUUUGACUCACAUGGAGAGUAGUAAACCUAAAACACCCAAUGUACAGGUAUGCUCGAUAAUAUUUAACAUAUAAUACAACUAUACAUAAGGGAGCUUGUGCUGAGUAUGCAGAGCUAUACGCUAUUGUAUAGGUACAGGUUUUGAUCAGUCAUCGUACACAUUGCGGAUCUUGUUUUAAAAAGGAGCUGUGACACGAAAUUUAUCAAAAUUCUAGCCUGCGAGCAAGCUCGCCGAGGCGCUCUGGCGGCGGGGCGGGAAAAGGAAGGAGAGCUUGCAAAUUUUACGUCCCUGGAAUUUGAAUGGCUGCAUCGAAAAAGUCGAUGCGAAAUGCUGAUUGGCGGAGAUGACAUUAGUAAUUACGUCAUUUGCCCUUGCCGCGUGCUUUUCACGUGUUUUUCAAUGUUUACAUUAGCGCUUGUUUCCGCUUCGCGCUGAUUGGCGGAAAUCCGACAGCUCAGUCAACGGGGAACCACGGUGGAAUUGGGGGUGAAAUUAAAAUUUCAGAGACGAAGUUGCAUUGACCCUAAGCUGUGAUUUAGUGCCUGUUUACAUGGAGUGGGGGACCCCGGUCUAGUGGGGUUGGUUUCUUUUGUUUUCACGCUCUGGGGGACACAAAACAAAAGAAACCUACCCCACUAGACCGGGGUCCCCCACUCCAUGUAAACAGGGUCUUAGUCACUAGCAAGUUAUUUCACAAGUUCCAUAAUGAAUAAAAAUGCUUAACUGGUAUUUUUACGAAAUGAACUAGACAGCCGUGACACAGCCGUGACACAGCCGUGACACAGCCGUAACACGGCCGUAACACAGCCGUGACACAGUCCCUUUACAGUGCUUAAAUUUGUUGGUUUGGAGCUUCAAAAUUCAUACUUUUGUCUUGACAAAAUCAUCGCCUAUAACAAGCAAAAGUGAUGACGCGUUUAUACCUUUUCUUUUUACAGGAUGAUGUUAUGGGAAAUUUUGUUCAAGGAAAGAAACUAUUGUGAGUCUUCUGACUGUGAAAGCUUUAAUAAUUCUUGUUGAUGUGGAAGAGUAAUUCUUAAUUAUCUAAAUUUGUCAAGAUUUUUUAUUACCUGGGACAGUUGUUUCUUGGUGUAACAGAACUGUUGUUGGUUAGAUAUCGGCGACUCAAUUUUUUUUUGUACAUUUUUACAUUUUUGGUUUCAUUUUUUACUUUUUUGUCCCAUGUAGAUUUCCCGAAAAAGAAAGACUCUCAUCACCACCGCAUCCAAGUUCCAGCUCACCGGCACCUUACAAUGUAAUGUAAGUAUCACGAGUGCCAGCGGGAAAUUUUUGUCUUAGUUUUCGGGGGGAAAGAAAUUGAAUGAAACUAUAGUUGUUCUUUUCAGCGAAUGAUUCUUUAUUUUGUUAACAUUUUUGUGAUCAUUUUGUUCCUCAACUCCUGACUUACUGAAUAAGUAAGAAAACACCUUGAACAUUAUUUGUGAAGGAUUGACUGUCGCCUUUCAACGCUGAUAACGAAACUAUAACCAGUUUGAGGUUAUAGUAUGGCUGAAUCCAGUUAAUGUAACCGAAUAUAAGACCAAUUCCCUCCGCUGCUCGAUGGAAAAAUGUCCGAAAAAGAUCACAUUUUUGACUAUCGUUGUGAACAAUUUAAGGUAGAUUUACUUAAAAAAGGUAAAGGCGCACACGAGGCCCAAACGACUGGAGGUUAACCCAGUUUCCUUAGCAUGAUGCAUGCCUAGGAGAAUUGCUAGUCCCCCUAGACGGGAUGCUAGUCCAUCGCAGGGUUACCCGUCAGAAGAAUGACGUCGGUACCCAUUUAUUCACCUGGGUAAAGAGAGAGAAAGAGGAGUAAAUUUCCUUGUCUAACAAGGAAACAACGCGACGGGCGAGGCUUUCACCCCAGACCUCCAAAUCCGGAUUUCGAGGUAGCAACCUCUCGGCCACACACUCCUGAGCAAACUGAAAAAACUUCAAAUGGACAGAUGGUCUUGCACUGUAUGGACUAGUUAACGCGAACGACGCACAAGAAUAUUCACAUGUGAACUACCUCAACGCAAAAGCAAGCUCAAGUGCCGAAUUCCACUUUUUGCCGUGGUGCUUACGCUUGCGUUUGUUUUUGCGUUCACUUUUCUUACUUGUGAACCGAGAAAACGCUAAUACAAUCGUCAGGAGUUUAAAAUUAAUUGGCCUGUCGAUUAUGAAGCCGUCAACUAACAGUGCUAUUCUCUUCUAUUUGCUAGGGGCAAAAUAAUUCUUCCGCCCCUAGAUCGGUUUACAGCAAGGGAAGCAACGGCUCCGCAAAAUGGAGGAAGAAAUAGCGCGGUAAGGAGAACUUACUUGUUGAUCAGAUUAUUUCAGCAAAGAUAUGUGCAAGUAUAGAAUACGAGUAGUUCAUCUUAUGUCUUACAAUUGCUGUUCACAGAAACAUGUCUCUUAUGAUCGGGCGUCAAGUGCAGCGACGGACCGUUCGAGGUGGGUAACGAAAGUUAUGUUCCCUUUUAUGUAGUCUGAAUUUAGACCAAGCAGUUAGACAGUGAAACAAGAUUUAUCAUUCUCUUUCUGAACUGUGCUGUAAUAUCUCUUGCUGCAUACGGAAAACUCUGCUUCACAAGAGGUGUUAUUAUACAUUGUACUCACCAUCUGUCUUCUCAUUGGCUAAGAGCUUUCAGCUUAUUUUAGAAAUCAGCGCAAUGCAUGAUUUCCAGUAACAAUAUCAAUUUAGGUUCCGUGCAACGGUGUGUUUGUCGUUAUUUUCUUCAAAACAAUGUAUAAUAAAACAAUUAUUAGAUUCGUUUUUUGUGAUAUCCUAAAUAAUCAAGAUUACGGCAAGUGUUAUCAGCCUCGGGCUUCGACUCGGCAGAUAACACUUACCUGGACCUUGAUAAUGAUUAGUCCGAAUAUCACCAAAACCUCAUCCAAUAAUUGUUUAUUAUUUAGCGAGCUAUACAGCCAGACAAAAACGCUCUUGGUAUGCUAAAAUACCGUAAAAUUCCGAAAAUUAGCUUCGGGGCUUAUAUUUUUCAAAGGCCCUUUUUGAGGGGCUCAUAUUCGGAGGGGCUUAUCUAUGGAGCGAAAUCUGCGUUUCAAAACGAUUAGGCUAGCCUUACAGUUGGAAGGAAAUUUACCGUUUUUGCUUUGUUUUACUUUGUAUUCGAGGACAAUUUCCAAGUACAAGUCCCUGGGGGGCUUAUAUUUGGAGGGGCGAUGUAACAGAGGGUUUUUUGCGUUACGAGCUUGGGGGGCUUAUAUUUGGAGGGGCUUAUACAUGGAGGGGCUUAUUUUCGGAAUUUACGGUAGCACCUGUAAUGUGGGCCUGGAAGGUCUUAGUGGAGGUUCAGCCAGGGCUGGGAUGUAAUUCAGUUCUCGGUAGACUAAGGUCUCUGGGUGUGGCGACGCGCGGGGGUUGGGGUGUUGGGUAGGAAGGGUCGGGAAUUGAAAAUGAAGACACUAAGGGCAUAUGAAAAACUUUACAAAUGUUGGUUGUUUAUGUUAUACUUAUUUAACAGGACUUUGUUUAAAUUAGCCUAAUGCUAAAGCAGAUGUUCCUGUCUAAAUAGAUAAAUAAAUAAAUGAAUUAAUAAAUUAAUUAAUUUAAAAACUCUUUGUAGACAUGAAAAUGUUUCUAGGGUCAUUUCGGUUAUGCUAUUAUAAUUUUGCUUCUUUAUCUUUUAGACAAUCACUAAAGGAGAGAAAUAGAAAUUUUGCAGGAUCUCCGACGAGACCUAAUACCACUUCCACCGCUUCUCAUUCAUUAAAGGUAAGUCCGUAUAUCAAGCUAAGUUAUUUAUUGGUUGGCUGUUUGGUUGAUUGAUUGGCGUGUUUCACGGCAGACAGCAAGCAAAAGGGAACAGUGAUCAAAAUAUUUUGCUUCUUUACUCUCCACCAACUAUACUGGAGACUAUUUUCGGCAUUGUGCAAUUAGUUUUAAAGGCGUUUUCUUGCUAUUUGAAUUUAUACGUCACGUGGAAUAAAAAGGUUUCUCCACGUCGCUCGUGCACCUUUCGCUUCACUUAAUCACUUAAUGCGUUCACUGCAAACCCAGGGUCAGUCAAGGUGGAUUGUAACAUUGUUAAAUCUACCAACAAAAUCCGCCACUGUAGCUUUGCAGUUUCUAUUUUGAUGGUGGCAGUGUUUUACUGUCCGAUACUGAGCCAGGGUCUAGUAGAUUUUGUUAUCGGGCUAGUGAAUGCUGUUCUUAACCUGCCCGAUGGGCUAUUGAAGCUUUUUUUUUUUUUUUUUGGUGGGGGAAAGGGGGGAUUCAAAUGCAGAAAAACCGUAUUCGAUCCUGUUCAUCAAAAAUUUUCUUCCGGCUAUUUGAAAUGACUUUUGGCAUAGUACGUACUAGCUCCAGCUUGCCGGAAUGGUAAGCUGUAAAACUGACUUUCGUUGCACCCUGUAGCCAGUAGGGGUGGAUGGUGGUCAUGGAAGGUGGUUCUGUGGACGAAAUCCUACGGUGUGACAAUCCAAAUGAAAUGUGGAAUUUUUGUCUAUUUUUUGCGCUGGCCACCUGUGAAGUGAAACAGUUAAGGUUUGUUGAAUUCUCCUCAAUUUUGAUGUCGGUGCCAUAUUUGUUUUUGUUUGUUUCUCCUGUAGGGUGACCCACCACAUCGACGCCUGUCCACCCCGAUGGAAACUCAUUCAAAUCAGGGAGGUGUUUAUUCAAGAGGCCAUACAAGACACUCUAACAUUCCGCUGACUGGAAUAACCGGCGUGAGCAUGCAAAUCGGUAAUCACCCAGCCAACGAGACGAAUACGUCAUCACACAGUCACCAUUUUGAUGGUCGGGGAAUCUCGCCCGUGAGUGAUGAGGAAUAUGACGGCUUUAGGAGUAAGUUUUGACUUGUUAUGUUAAUGCCAGCGGUAUGUCAAGGCGUUCCGAUCAACAAAUUAUAUUGAGCAAAAGGCGUUCAUUUGGAUUCUAAUGGGGCGAGUUGACUUUGAUCUUUUAACAAAUUCUCUCAAGCAGUCUUUCAAGAAAUGUACGGAGGCCAGUGUGGAAAAUUUGUGUGUUAAUCUUGGGGGCUGAGGCUCCCUAGGUGGCCACCCAUCAUUUUAAUAAAAGGAGUAGUAACUUUCUUUCAAGAUGCUCCUAAACCCCCCGAUUUUAUUUCAAAAUUUAAGUUUCUACAACAUAAACAACCAAUCGGUAAGGUGUGACAGUAAUCUCACGGCAGGUUCUAUUUCAGAGGACUGACCUUAACAUUGAUAAAAAAAUUCCAACGGGCAAAUGCGACGACUAUACGCGUGUGAUACAAUUGAAUCCAACAACAGAUGGUACACUGUACCUUGCCUUUGAUCGCUUCGCUUUCGUAGCAUGCGGCGAAACCAGCUGCUGUCUUUCGUGGUUACAGUGUAUGUGAUUUUUUCUGUGUGUAUUUUCAGGUCCCGGGCCUUCAAAUCAACCCUCACAGAGACGAAACAAGUUAGUGUCUACCAUUAGAUAGCAGUUAUUUUAAUUAAAAGCAUCAAAGGCCCGCACUUAAACCAUAGUGACCACUACUUAAAAAUUGUUCCAUUUUUUUGGAAGAUGUCUAGUGAUCGUUGAUCGUAAUAUAUUUUGUGCUAUAAUGUUAAUAUUUUUUAAAGUAACCGGAAGAGCUUCCCUUGGGAAAUAUUGUCAGUUAUUCAGCAUCAGUCGUACAACGUCGUUUGUAAUCCCUCGGUCAACCUCAAAGUUAACACUAUAUAGGCCAGGCCAGGCCUGAGAGUGGAUUUCUUAAAGCCCUGAAAACCUAGAUUCUGGGUCAUAACAGAUCGUUAUUUUUCUGUGCAAAGAAUUGAGAACAAAGGUACAUGUUUGCCUAAUGGAGCAAAUUCAGUGAACUAGUAGCUGAUGGAAUUAAGUAGAUUUUGGACCCAAAAUGGGAGCUUUAGGUAACGCAAACGAUAGGCCAUAAUCUCUAUCUAGUUUCAUUUAGGGUUCUGCUGAAGAAAAAGGGAAUAAUAUUGGGGCAAAUUGUAUAUAAUUUUAUAUAGAUACAAAGUUGAUUACAACUAAUUAAAAGUAAUCUAAUUAGUAUAACCGCGAUGAAACAAGGAAAGCGCUCUUUUUUCCCGAGCAGUGGAGUAUAGCUGUCCUUUGGACGCUCAGUAUUUUCAGUGACUUUCUACUAGCAAUUUAAUUUGAGUUCAGUCUGUGCGCCCCAAAAAAUGACGUGUAAUAUCAAAACAUACCGACUCCUUUAAAAGCAGUGUAACGCUCAUAUUCACGUUGCGUUUGUCUGCCUUUUCUUAUGUAGUGGACGGUAUUAGCUGUUAUAAACCAGUACUUAUUCUUAUUGGAACCGUUUUGGAUAACAGUGCAGUACCCUGGGCGGGGCAAAGGAAAAUGGUUUUAGGGAUUGUUUUUCUAUUUGGCGGAUCUAAAUCUCAGUGUCUUGGAGGGACUUUCAUCUAAAUUACUCUGAAGUUAAACCUCCCUUCUUCUUGAAUAGCCAUAUGAAACGCUCCUCAUCCACUGCGUAGUAUAAACAAGUCUAAAAUUAAUCACAUCCUUGUUUUGUCUAUUGUUUGGAAGGAACAGUGCAAAACGAAUGUUCUGUUAUAAGAAAGUACGAUAGACCUGUGCAUCGCUGUCUUUCGUUGAAGCUUUGUUAUGGAUUAACUUGGGGAUGGUCUAUGUUAUUUAUAAAAUAAAGUAUUUAUGAACAAUCCAUUCCAUAAUAAGUUUCUUCACCUGAUAAAACACCUAAUAAAUUCACCUCGGUGACAUUAACCGAUGCGCAAAAUAUUAAGGUGGCUCACAACGGUUAUCUUCAGUGUUGAGCACUUCUUGAAUGGAUGAAAACUGAACUCGGUUUUUAGUAAUAGGCUCUUACAGCUAAGCAACAACUUUUACUGG